UUGGGAGUUAUUUAAGAAUAAUUAAAAUGAGCCAGUUCAACAACGAAGAACAGAAGACUAAUAUUACCAAUAUGAAACGAAACUUAACCUUAGAUUUCAACCAGGGAAAGAAGAAUUUGACUUUACCUCUAUCAAACACAGGAGUUUUGUCAUCACCGGACCUGAAUAUGCUAAAAGUAGAUACUCCUGAAUUAGAAAAUAUGAUUUUAGCAAAUGGAAUGCCAAACACGCCAACACCAUCCCUUUUAUUUCCCCGCACUGUAACAGCAGAGCAAGAACGAUUUGCUGGUGGUUUUGUUGAAGCCUUAACACACUUACACAAUAGUAAUUCCCAACAGAGUUCAGACAGUAAUAGCACUAAUAUGUAUGACACUUUAAUACCUUCCAUCAAAGAAAUAAAAGAAGAACCCCAAACCGUUCCAAAUUUGAACCAGAGUCCGCCGAUGUCACCCGUUGAUAUGGAAUACCAAGAACGCAUAAAACUGGAGAGGAAGAGGCAAAGGAACCGAUUAGCAGCCUCAAAGUGCCGGUCACGUAAACUAGAACGCAUUUCCAAACUUGAGGAUAAGGUGAAAAUUUUGAAAAAUGAAAAUGUUGAACUCGGUUCAAUCGUCAACCAACUUAAAGAAACCGUGGGUUUGCUUAAAUUGGAGGUUAUGGAACAUAACAAAGCUGGCUGUCAGAUUAUUUUGUAUUGAAAUUAAGAAUCCAAUGCAAAUUUUUAUAUACAAGUUGACAAUCUACUUUUUGCAAUGUUUCCAAGUAGAUAAUUUGCAUUGGAUUGUGACAAUUAAGGAUUAAGUAUUGUUAUUUUUUUACCGCUUAUAAAGUGAAAGCUCAGUGAACUUAUAUAUACUGUGCCUUGUUUUAUAUUUAUAUUUUUUUAUAAACGAUAAAGUAUAUUUGUUAUUUAAAAUAACGAUUGCACAAUAUUUCUAUUUAAAGCAGAGCAAAUAUAUAUAUUAUAGAAAUGUUUAUAACAGAGUUUAUAUUUUAAAUCUAGUUUGUAAGAUUUUUUAACGAUACUAGAUGUAAAUAAGUGAUAUUAUAUAUUAUAGAGUGCUUUUGUAUUAAAAUACAUAAUUAGU